CCUCUGUAUCUCUGUAGCUGUAGAUACAGGCGCCACACACAUUCACACACGCAAUUAUAUAUAUAUAUAUAUAUGCAUGUGAAUGUAUAUAUAUGUGUGAUGCCAUGGAGGUACUGCUACUGAUUCUUCCCUUGAGCAUUGCGAAAGUCAAAAGAACCUCCAAAUUUUGGAUCCCACAUAAGCUUUGCUUUUGCUUCCAGGUCUCUGCAUUUCCUGAGUUCUUGUUAACAGAUUGAAGCUCCAAUUCUCGUUCUCAAUGUCACGGUGGUUUUCAAGAUAUCAGAUUCUUGUAUGAAUGUAUAGCUGCAGGCUUUGUGGAGAGAACCAGGCUGCUAAGUUUGCAACUCUAAUUUCUUGCUCAUUUUUUUGUUUCACAGCUCAACAGUUGGCAGGCCUGUGCUGGUUUUCUGUCAAAACCACAGUUGAGCUUAUUAGACAUUAUUCGGCACGUACCAGUUCAAUGUUUGAGGGCUUAACUAGAUAAGCUGAAUGGAUAUUGUCAGAUCACGGUUUCGAAGCUGUCUUUGAAAGUGCACCACAUGCAUUUUUAUUUGUUCCAAACAAAUGAAGCUUCAGGUGGACAUUGCCCUUCUUUGCCUCAUUAAUGUGGUUUGGAUUCAGCAAGCUCUUUCUGAUGGACUUUCGACAAAGCCUGAAGCAAACAAGUGGACAUGCACCUGUUCUAUUGCACAUCAGGAGAACUUGAACUUUGUCCCAGCAAACUGCUCUUCAUCCUGUGAUUGCAGCCUUGCUGCAGGAGGAUCAAGUGAAAAGAAAUGGACUUGCAUUUGCUCUGCCGGUGGGUUGCCUAGAUUGGUAGGUGAAGAUAAUGACAGCAGCUGUUUUUCGGCAUGCAAUUGCAAUGCUGGGAUUUUAUCUGAGUUAGAGCCUUCAAAGAAAUGGAUUUCCAGCAAAGUCGUUGUGAUAGUUCUCUUACUUUGUGUAGUCCUCAUGGUUCUUGCAUUUGUUGCUUCAGUACUGUGGCAUGUCACUCAAAAGGAUAAACGUCCUGUUCAAUGGGCUUCGCCCUCAACGGAUAAACUAACAAGUUGUAGUAGUGCUACCAACUUGAUGAGCCAAGCAGGUUCUCCACUUCCAGUAUACAAAGGAUAUUUAGAUUCCUCUGUCAAACUUUCUAUAGGAUGCAUUCCCAAGAGUCCUUUCCGAUUCAGAAGUAGAGGAGGAGCUGUACACGGAACAAUAAUACAAUUUCCAUAUUCCGAACUGGAAAGUGCAACAAACAGAUUUUCCGAUGCUAAUUUGAUUGGAGUUGGAGGAAGCAGCAGCGUAUACAGAGGUAAUCUCAGAGAUGGUAGAACUGUCGCAAUUAAGAGAAUGAAAACUCAAGGAGGCCCAGAUGCAGAACAUGAUUUCUUGACUGAGAUAGAACUGAUAUCAAGACUUCAUCACUGUCACGUGGUUCCUUUGCUUGGGUACUGCUCAGAACAUCAAGGAAAGCAUGCUGAGAGGCUGUUGGUGUUCGAAUAUAUUCCUAAUGGCAAUCUCAGGGAGUGUCUGGAUGGGGAUUUGGGCCAAUGUUUGGACUGGAAUACACGAGUCGCAAUAGCUCUUGGAGCUGCACGUGGCUUGGAAUAUCUCCAUGAAGCUGCUGCGCCUCGAAUAUUGCAUAGGGAUGUCAAAUCCACCAACAUUCUUUUAGAUGAGAAAUGGAGAGCAAAGAUUACUGAUCUUGGCAUGGCUAAACACCUAAGUGCUGAUGGCAAUAUGAGCUGUUCCAGUUCUCCAGCAAGAAUGCAAGGGACAUUUGGUUAUUUCGCUCCUGAGUACACAAUUGUUGGAAGAGCUUCUUUGAAGUCCGACGUUUUCAGUUUUGGGGUAGUUCUUCUCGAACUGAUCACUGGCCGUCACCCCAUCCACAAAUCAUGUAAUAAAGCGGAAGAAAGCCUUGUAAUAUGGGCAACACCUCGUUUGCAUGACAGUAAGCGAGUGAUUAGGGAGUUGCCUGAUCCACGUCUGAAAGGAAAUUUCCAAGAUGAAGAGAUGCAGGUAAUGGCCUACUUAGCAAAGGAGUGCCUGUUAUUGGAUCCUGACUCUCGACCCAGCAUGACUGAGGUUGUCCAAAUUCUUUCAACUAUCGCGCCAAACAAAUCUAAAAGGAAACAUUUGCCAAUCCGUGCGUUUCAGUAUUCAUCCACUGGUGGCAUGGAAAGCGGAAAUCCAGAGACGUCCGACGGGGAACUAGAGGAAAUCAAGCAAAUUACAUCAGAAAUCCUUGCUCGACGCUCGUUGCGAAUGAUUCCUGACAGCAAUUUCGGCGUUACAAAGAGCGAGAAAGAAGCAGAUGAUUCAUCCACCAGCAUCGAAAAACUGAUGCUCCUGAGCUCAAAAUCUCGCAGUUGGCGCUUACAAGACGACGAAGUGGUGGAUAUAACUGAACCCCGGUUCGAGUCCUUCUGUUUGCCAAACGUCGAUUCCCGUAUAUUCAAAAUUACAUGAACAGAUCUGCGUCAGGUUAGCAUGUUUGGCAAUGACUAGGAAAGUGUAAUGCGUGAGAGCAUAGUGUUUUUCAGUGUUCCUCCAAAUAAAUUGCACCCUAAAAGGGCUAAAGCCAAGGAGGGCAUUUCCAAUUCUGAUCAGUUUUUCCCUUUCUUGAAUUAGCUUUGGAGAUCACAGAACUGUGAAGGGAGGCAUAACAUAUUCUGUGCUGGCUCUCAUAUUUCUAUUUUUAGAGUUGUAAAUAGUUUUAGAAUGCAGGAUUAACUUCCUUCCUUACUUCCUUCGUUCUUUCGUUUGUUUAUUAAGAGUCGAGGGUGGUAUACACGUGAAUUGGGAGUCAAUCCAAGGAAUCUCCCUUAUAUAAGCCGGGUCUGAAAACAUCAAACUGUAUGAAUUAUAUCACGACAAUACAGUACAACAUAGAUUUUAAUGUUGAUGUUGUACGGAUUGCAUUGUUUGGUGUUUUCAUACU